CUGGGGCUCGGAGCCGGCCGCCGCUGCGCUCCGCUUCGCUGUGGGGCUCGGUGUGUCGGGGGUGGGGGGGCGGGGGGGCUCCGCUAUGGAGGCAAAUGGGAGCCCAGGCACCUCGGGCAGCGCCAACGACUCCCAGCACGACCCCGGUAAAAUGUUUAUCGGUGGACUGAGCUGGCAGACCUCACCAGAUAGCCUUAGAGACUAUUUUAGCAAAUUUGGAGAAAUUAGAGAAUGUAUGGUCAUGAGAGAUCCCACAACGAAACGCUCCAGAGGCUUCGGUUUCGUCACCUUCGCAGACCCAGCAAGUGUAGAUAAAGUAUUAGGUCAGCCCCACCACGAGUUAGAUUCCAAGACGAUUGACCCAAAAGUUGCAUUUCCUCGUCGAGCGCAACCCAAGAUGGUCACAAGAACAAAGAAAAUAUUUGUAGGAGGAUUGUCUGCGAACACAGUAGUGGAAGAUGUAAAGCAGUAUUUCGAGCAGUUUGGCAAGGUAGAGGAUGCGAUGCUGAUGUUCGACAAAACCACCAACAGGCACAGAGGGUUUGGCUUUGUCACUUUUGAGAAUGAAGACGUUGUGGAGAAAGUCUGUGAGAUUCAUUUCCAUGAAAUCAAUAAUAAAAUGGUAGAAUGUAAGAAAGCUCAGCCGAAAGAAGUCAUGUUCCCACCUGGGACAAGAGGCCGGGCCCGGGGGCUGCCAUACACCAUGGAUGCGUUCAUGCUUGGCAUGGGGAUGCUAGGCUACCCCAACUUUGUGGCAACCUAUGGCAGAGGCUACCCCGGAUUUGCUCCUAGCUAUGGCUACCAAUUCCCAGCCCUAUUACCAUAUUUAAAUGCAAGCUUCCCAGCAGCGGCUUACGGACCAGUGGCGGCAGCAGCUGUGGCAGCAGCUCGAGGAUCAGGACCUGCACACGUCCUCUCAGACACUCUUCUGAGCACGCUCAGCAGGAAGGUUUGUCCACACCUGUUAACCCUCUCUCAGUGUCCAGCUUCCUGUUAGUACCAGCUGGUUUGCAUGUUUUGCUUGUUCAGAUGAAACAGUUCAAGAAACAAACUCAUAUCCAACUCUCGAGAAAUGUCUCUUUUUUUUUUUGUACACUUUACGUUUUUCUAUUUUUAUUUUUUUUAUUUAUCAGUUACAACUCCAAAACACCUGUUGUCUAGUAAAACAUUUCACACCUCCCUUGCCUGUUCUUAGAUUGUUAUGUAUCUGUGGGACUGAACUAAAUGCAUGCACUGUAGUAGAUGUCCUGGUAGCUGUAGCUGUAGUUGUAGAACAUGCAUUGUUGAGUUGAUAUUACAGGGUCUGCUACGAAGGCGCGGCCCAACACCGCUGUCGAAAGGGUAGCAUGGGAACCAGGAAGAGAAGGGGUUCCAUGUUUUCAAUGUCGCCAAGGGCUUGGAUCCAUGUUCUCGCCAUCAGCCACCACCACCUCCUCACGCUCUCCACUCCCCCAGUCUAGAACUGGGUCACCACCCUCAGCUCUAGCCUGCCCGACAAGAUCCGUGUUCACCGUAGCGAAAGCAAGGGGAGCCAGAGUUGGAAGGAGUCACCCUAUUCUUCUGAGUUCUUAUCUUUCCCAUGCUGUUCUUGGUCCUCUAAGCCCAGCUUCUCCUUGAGCCCUUCAGGGACACAUGUCCCUAUGAAAAGAUCAGCCGGUAUCAUCUGUUCCGGUGGGUAGAGGGAGGUAAAGUAUGGUAAGGAGGAGACCGAGAGCUUCAGCCCCUGCACAGAGAGGGUACGUUUGACUCUGAUAGAUGCUGACACUGGCUCUUAGGAGUGGUGACAGUGAAGGGGGCCAGUGGCAUGAGUGAUGGCCCAGCAUCCCUCAUGGUAGUGACUGCCAAGCUUCUCAGGGAAGAGAGAUGCAUGAUAGGCCUGAGACAGCCAAUGAAGAGCCACCCGUUCCCCUUAGCAUUCCCUAGAAAUGUUUUUCUGGAGGGAGCCUUUGUCCUCCACUUGGGGCAUGUGUGGGCAAGCAUCUUUAAACACUCUUAUCUUCUCUGCCUUUAUAAUAAGCCAUAAGGGAAUACCAGAGACCCCAGAACUUCUGUCCCUAACUUUCUAAGACCAUAUGAAGUAAGGACAGUACUUACUAUGCAGUGCAUGUCAAGUGAAGGUGAACAGUGGCUCUGACCAAACCCUACAGUCCGACGGGCAUAGGGCAGAAUCUGCCGAAUACAAGUUAUCUCUCACGGGACACAGAAUUCAGGAAAAAAGUCACAGAGCCCAUAACAUCUUCAAAAGGCUAUGUCAUGCUAGAAUGAAGUAGAAGCCUCAUGGGGUUGGGGGGUGGAGGGGAAGCUGUGACGCUCUGACAGAGUUAGAACUGAGCAUGCUCCAGGCCAGACAGAAUGAGGACACAAAGGCUCCAGGUGGAAAAAUCCAGGAGGAGCCAUCCUUCCAGCAUGGUCUCCCUGGGGACAGGGGAGGCAGGCUGCAGAAGAUGGCUGGGCCCAGGCUUCAAUGCUGCUGCCGAUGCAAACUGACCUAGGACUAGCAAGGAAGAGCAGCAAAUGGGAGCAGAAACUAGAGAGCAGAACCCCAAGCUACUAACCUGCAUCCUGCAUCCUGCAUCCUACAUCCUGGGACAGCUCUGGUGCCUGUAGAACCCUCAGAGUUCCAGCCCAGGAGGCAAGUGGGCAGACUAGCAUGUCUGCCACAGCACUGUGAGGCCUUUCUUAAACCAGCAGAGGGGGUAGGGCUCAAGAAACUGGCUUGGACAUCCCAGCCCUUCUGAGAUGGCUCUGGGUCUCUGCAGCCACUUCUGUGAAAGUGUCUCAAAGCUCUCCAUCUUUCCACAUAAGCAGAAAUCUUGUGGCUUUCAGGACAGUGUAGUCUCUGGCCUGACAAUGACCACCUCCGACCUCAUUAUAAAACGGGAACGUGAGCUAGGGAAACUGUUUAGUGGAUAAAGUACUUGCCACACAUACAUAAGGAUCUGACUUCUACGAGCCCUAAAAUUCAGAAAAGCCAGAUAUAGCAGACUGUGACAGCACAUACCUAUAACCCCCAGCAUUAGGUAGGCAGACAGGCAGGUCCUGGAGACUAAUGGGACAGCCAGUCUAGUUUGAAACCCUGUCUCAAAAAAAAAAAAAAAAACAACAUCUGACAUCAACCUCUGAACUCUACACAUGUGCACACACACACAGGUAAGUACACCUGCAUACACGCAUACAUAACGCAGAGUGUGGGGGCAGUGGGUGGGGCAGUGUGUGCCUUCAUCUCUGGAAAUAGCUUUUCUCCACUUUUGUCAGCAAGAUCUGAUGAGAGAUGAGAAGUGGAGGACACAGGGCAGCUCUCUGCUUUCCUCUCAACCUCGUGUCAGCAAACAUACCGAUGGGCUGUGGCCUAUCUGUGGGGAAAGUCAUGAAGAGAGAGCCUCUCUUUAGGGUACAGUCACAUCUGUUGCCAUAAGUAGAAUCAGUGUAAGGGCCAGAGGGAGAGAAAGGUAUGGCCCAUUGGGAAAAGAUGAGGUACCACAAGUAGCCAGACUUAGCUUACCCACUCGGUGUUCAUCUUUCAGGCCCCAGCCUGUGUUCUGGAGAGCAUCUACUUUCCCAGGUUGUCAUUAAAAAUUUCAUUUCUAAGAGAGCAGGGCUUUAACCACAAAGACUGGCAAUGGGAUUUAAGUAACUUCACUGAAUCUAUAAUGAUGUGCACAGGCUGCCGCUGCUGACCUCGGCUCCAUUCAUUCUCCAGAGGGAUUUCGGACCAGCCCUGUUGAGGAUACAGUACAUCAGCUCCAAUCAAUAAUUUUGUAAUAGAAAGACCAUACACUUGAUAAAUCAACUCUAGAGCAAUUAGUGACUAGCCUUAAAGUCCAGACCGAAGUCUAAGUUAAUCUAGAAGCAGAUGGAGUGGGGGAAUGUUAAUGGUCUUUAAAUCAGUGGAAUGGUUUUCAGUAGGUGACAUGUUCCUGACUGUCCCUUAAGUAGGUUUGCUCCAGUGCUGACCGGAAAGCCCAGGCCCAGCUGUCAAAGGAGCCUUCCGCAGAAGGAAUAGUGGUUCUCUUGGGCACUGCACAAGCGGAGAGAACACAUUAGGCCUAGAGACCCGCUCCCAUUGGUGGAGGGACUGGGGGUUGUAAGAGCCCUGAAUGGUGGUCACCCCCUAGGGUUGACAAGAGCCGUAGGAGGAGCACAGGCUUGGAGGCAUCAUGGUGCCGUAUAUUCCAAAGAGCUUUGAUAGCCAGCCAUAUACAGUGACACCCAAGCCUUGAACUACACGGGAAAGCCGGGCUCACUUGGUUUCACAUGCUUUCUCCGGAGAGAGCAGGGUUACAGAACGUCUAUGUGACUCAUCCGGAGUCACACUCCUGGUGACCUGGAAGCAAGGCUUGAGUCAAGGUGGAGAGCACUGGAUCUGACGCAGGUAUUUGGCCUCCUGAAAUUAGCCCUGUGGAGGAACUGCCACUAUAGGCCUGCCACCCAGACACCUCACAUAAUCAGCAAUACAGGGAACACCCAGGCAGCCCUGGGGUCGAGGUGUGUGUCAUUCCAAGGACUCGGGCUUCAGCCCAAGACCACAUAGUCCAGCCCUCCAGAUGGAGAUUACCAAAGUUUAACUCAGCAGAUACUUUACCAAGUAUGGAAGUCUGCAUUUUUCCAGACCCUUCUAUUUAUUCUAUGGACUUCUGCUACCCUCCUAACUUUAGAACUUACUUUAUCUGAGCUGCUUUGCCUCAUGAUGGCUACUGUGUGAGGUGUCAUGCUAUCCCAUCUGAAAAAGGAGGUGGAUCUAGAGGUGUAGCUCAGUUGAUAGCGUGUUCAAUCUAGGAUGCACGAAGUCCUGGCUUUGAUCCCCAGCAUUGGAUAAACCCAGCAGAAUGGCACACACCUGAAGACUCGGCAGUCAGAAGGAGGGAAAUCCGGAAGUUCAAGGUCAGCCUCACUGACCUUUGGCUAGAUACAGAGCCAGGCUGAGCGGCACAGUGCAACACAACUCAGAAGGUGGUCUAGAAUCUUAGCAAAAGCUAGGUGCUUUGUGCUGAUUGGCCAAGGCCUGUGCUAUAAAAACCAGUCGCUGAAUGUUAGCUAGAUCUUUCUCCUUCUAAACCAAAUGGCUUUUAUACAGUGCGGUUGGCGGAAGGACUGCAUCCCAACACUUAGGGUCUGAUAAAGAGAAAGAAAGUUACAUUGUAAUAACAACAGAAGCACAGACCACACCCCUGGGGGACACUUAGGGUCUGAUAAAGAGAAAGUAAGUUACAUUGUAGUAACAACCGAGGCAUAGAUCACACCCCCUGGGGGACUGGUAGAACACCAGCGCUGUCUAUACCCUAAAGAACCAGCCAGCCUGAAGUGAAGACCACAGGUCAUUAAUGACUCUAAACCACCAAAAACCCAGUCACAGAAACUUUCUCCAUGCACAGGAGGGGAUCAGGUUCUUCAGUAGUCUAGGAGAGUCCAUUUGAAGCGCUGCAAACAGUUAACUGUGACUGGAGAAUUAAAUACAGUAGGGGUGAGAUGAACAUCUGGUGAUGUUAGAGAGCUGGAAAAACCAGUGUAAAGGGUCCUUGGUACCCAGCCACGAAGCCAAACCCCAAACCAGGAAGUGAAACCAGAGGCGCUUGAUUGACAUACCUUGGCUGCAUUAUUCAGGGUAGCAUGGAGGGGUAGAACAAGUCACAAAUACUUCUUAGAUGUUGUGGCCUCUGAAUACACAUUAGUAAAUAUCUACAUAGGAGGUCUCAUACUCUCCACUCCUUGAUGAGCCUGGGCUCAGCCAUGGUGAUGGAGGCUGGGGUAGGGUACAGAAGGAUUCUGUGGAGACUCAGUCUUCUGGGAAGGGCAGAUCACCUAGUCAAGUUUGAGAUCUAGCUGUUGGUCAGGAAGUGCUCGUCAGGCAGCGAGGCUCAGUACUUGAGGAGAGACCUGGCCUUGGCCUUCAGAGAUUGGGAAUGGAAGACCGGCUACUGGGUAGUCAGUGUAGACUUAAAGAGACUGGGCCACCUAGAAGCCAGCAAGGGUCACUAUGUCUAUAUUGUGGGACUGGGGAUUGGUUCAAAUUCUGCAUAGCAGUAGACUGGGAAAGGCAGAGCCACCUAAGAAAGCUGACCUGGGCAGGGGCCCAGAGAAGACUCGUCUCCACUUUACCUUCAGUGACAAGUUGUCACCACUGCCAUCCUCAGCCUGUCAGUUCUUAUUCCUUUGCCCUUGUGGCAGCAUCCACCCUCGUCCUUUCUGCUGGUCCACCUCUCAUUGUCCUUGUGCAGAUCGGAUUAAUAGAAAGAAAACCACACCUAGUGAACCGGACACCUCAAAAUACGCAUCUGCUGGGAGUUUGCCUAAAGAAGAGUAUCUUGUCAACAGGAGAGUAUUAAGGACAUUCCCCCACCUUAUUAAUACAAUAAUAAUAACAACAAUUCAUCAGUCGUGGAUCACAUUAUGCAAGUCAAGUACUGUGUGUGUCUAGCCCACGCGCCAUAACCCCACUUAAUUCUGAAGCCGUAAGUGGGUGCCAUCGGCCCUCUUCCCAUUUCAGAGAUUACAAACUGGCUCUGGGAAGAGAUAGUAGCUUAUCUGAGGUGGCAGUGACAGGAUUUGAGCCUGUCCCAUCAGCCUGUACUCUCAGCCACUAUCAGCACAUGCUGCGUUGUACCAUGGCUGAGCCAGACUGCAACUUUUAAACACGCCACAGAAAGGUGCAGCUGUUCCCACUCAAUUCUUUCUAUCCUUAGGGGAGGCGAUAACCUAAAAUCAUUUACAAGUGGUCUCGGGAGGCACGCUCUGCAUUUUUGCACCUGCUUCUGUUGUUGGGACUUCACGGCAUGGUUCUGCCUGGCUGAUCUUUGGCUGACAUUUUGAUUUGGUCCCUGCACCCAUUCAGACCAGUGUUAAACAAAGGAGACCCAGAAGGGGUGUGGUCCAACAUGAGGGAGCCAGGUUGAAGGGAAAUUUUUGAAGGGAACCUUUAGUUAAAAUACAGCUGAAGGAAGUUAGGCACUGUCCGAGAUGAUAGAUAGGGAUGGAAUCUCUGGGUAGACAGACUUCUCUGCAGGGAGGAGUCAGCAUCCCUUUCUUUGCCUUGAACAAACCGCUUCUGGAAAGUGGUUGGAAAACACUGCCCGGCCCUAGAGCAAGGAGGCCAUUGGCUGCCCAGUUGCUGGGGCUGUGCUUUGGGCCAAUGGUGGAGAAGGGGGUGUGGCCACAGGCGAAGCCGACUCCUUGCCCAAUCUUCUCUCAGGGAGGCUUGGGCACCAGGUACCAUAGCAACUGCAAACAGGGGCUCAUUUGUUUUGUAGAUGAGUAAUUACUACACAAUUAAAGAAGGCUAAAAAUAAAUGGGCCCUUUGUUCCUGGCUACUUAUUAAUAUUAAUAAAGUGGUCUGUCCAGGUCCAUGGCAAAUAGUGAAUGCCACGCUUGCGCCUGGGUGCCUGAGGUAGAGACUGGUGUAUGAGGAAAGCAGGCCAGCCCCUGCUUCCCAGCCUGCCUCCCUCUCUUUCUGGAAGUUAUUUCUGGCUAUGUUUUGGAGAGUGUGGGCUUCCCGGGCCUUGGAGAGUUCAGCCUUACAGAUACACACAGAAGGGUGGGUAGCCUGGAGAGUCAGUCCGAAAACUAACUCACCCCUCCCCCACCAGAGAACAGACCAGAAACCCAGCAGGCACCACCUGACAUGGAAGAAACUCCUUGUCACUUUAAGCUGUCUUUGACCUCACAUUGUCUUUUUAAUCCAGAGAAACACCCUUUGAACCUUCCACUGAGGUGUAGCCCCUGAGGUUUUGGGGUUUCCCUCUGCCAGCCUCUUUUUCUGUUUGCCUGUCUUGAGAGUAAACUCACCAUGACAUACUAGGGGUCUCACUGAGUUCAUGAUCUCCAUUCCCUAGGUCUUGACCUUCAAGGCUCAAAUAGCUAAGAGGAUAUUGAAACCACUAAGAGGUGCACCCACCACCUGGGGGAGGAGAUGCCUUGUGAGUGAGAAAUAGCUCAGAAGAUAAACCCACAGGAGGAUGGGCGGGGCAUGGUGCUUGGCCUGCGUCCACCUCUACUAAAUGAGGAUUUCAGACUUACAGUCCCCAGUAGGUCCCAUCUGCCAGGCAGCUCUGUAUUGCUGCUCUGUCCAAAGCUCCUGAUCCCUUGUCCUAGGAGACAUAAGCAAUGGAAAUGACAGUGGCUUAAGGACAGCUUGCAGAGAAAGCCAAGAGCAUCCCAGUGACAGGAAAUCCCAUGGAGGUGUGGGGUGUGCCCUUGAGAACAGUUGGAUGUAUGGUGGUGUGGUGGGCCUCUGUUUACAAUUAGAAUCACAUUUUCAGUAUAUCAGAUUUCCGGCCUUAAGUGUGCUUGGGGGGACCUUUUAGGCUUCUAUGGUUCUAUGGUUCUGUCUUUGUGAACAGGAUUCAUUAAUAGCAGAAGAUAUGGGGCUAGGGGAGAUGGCUCAGUUGGUAAAGGGCAUGCUGUUGCAAGCAGGUAGACCCGAGUUCUGAUCCCCAGUGCUCACAUAACAUUGAGGCACAGCUAAGUCUGUAAACCCCCACCCCACCCCACCCCUGCUCAGGAGGUAGAGGUAGGUGGAUCCCUGGAGCUGAUUGGUCAGCCUGCUUAACCAAAUUGAUGAGCUCCAAAUUCAUCGAGAGACCCUGUCUCAACUAAGGUGGAGAGCAAUAAAGACACUUGACAGCGGCCUCCACAUGCACACCCCGACACAAACACGUACAUACAUGACACACAAAUUCAGUACAGAAGACCUGCUCCUCGCUGCUAAUGAGUGAGCCAGCCUUAAAGAUUUGUUGCAACUAUGUUGCAUGCUGGGAUCACCUGGGCGGUUUCUCAACUGCCCUCAUUGCCAGGCCGUAUUUCAAACCCAUCAAAUCAGAGCCUGGGCAAAGUCAAUGUAUAACCAUAGCCUCAAGUCCUGGUUAGUUUUACAACUUUAUACCAUCCCUGACCAGGACAGGCACCCGGCAUCUUCCAAAAGGAAGCAGGGGAAGUCACCAGCCUAAGUUUAGAGUCCCUGUGGGCUCAGGGCUCUUCUGCCUACCAGGAUCAACGAGACCAACUUCAAGGAUGGCCUUAAGGGGUCCUUGUCUCUAUGGUGUGACUCUCUCAUCUCCCUUGAGGCCAGGCUAAGAUUAGGAGCAAAAAGUUUAGAACAACUGUAAACAGGGAAGCAGUCAUCCUCCUAGACUGGCUGACAAAUGGGAGCCUCUUGCUAAGGUUGGAGUUUGUUUGUUAUUAAAGACCUAAUUAGGAACAUGAGAGGAAGCUGAAUGGCUCUGCGCUUGGUUAAUUAGUGACAUGUAUGCGCCCGCUUUGAACUUCAAGGACAUAGAGCUAUUAGUGCUUACAUCAAAAAUGGAUUAAACUCCUGCGCCUUUACAAUCAUUAAAGAGGGACUACUCAAGUGGAAAGCCUUCUGUACAGGUCCUCGAGGGACUGUGCCCUGAACACCCUCCUCACCCACCAUCCACCACCCACACCCGGCUGCUGGAGCCUCUGGUGCCAAGAUGCUGUUAGAUGUGAUUGGGCUCCCAAGUGCCAAUCGGCCAUAACGUGUCCUAGCUCCUCACAGGACCCAGCAGAGUGGGAUGGACUUUGAGGGCUGAGUUAGUUCUCUGGGGACCCCACUGUGUCCAGGCUCUUGAUAGAAGUGAGAGUCUCAGUAAGGGCUUGGCCGGUAGCCCCUCCCACUUACUGACUGCAUUUCUGUUUGUUUUGUUUUGUUUUCCAUGAGGUCCUUUGUUUUAUGACACAAUGGAAGGUACCCCAGUCUUCAGCAGAGAUGAAGGCCCCGAUGUCUUGGGGCACCAUCCAACCCCAGGGAGAUCCCUGGCUAGUAAGAGAGGUGUCUACAGCACCAAACUGUGAAUCAGGGAGGGACACCUGAGCUGAGACAUGAACUUUCAAGUUAGAACUGGAUUCAGUCCUAAGACCCUGAGUUUGCUGAGUUCAUACAGUGGUAAUGAAGCCCAUCUUAAAAGCUGUUGAGUGAGUGGCCCUCCUAGCCUGGCACUCUCUUAUCUUGUUAACUCUCACCUAUCUUGGCCCAGCCAUGCGUGCUAGUAGUACAUCUCCUGCCCAGCCAUUCCUAACAGGGAUGUGCUGACCACUGAUUCUGAGGUAGCUUUCAUCAUUGUUGGAAUACAGUGGGAGACCAUCUUCAAAGUCACUAGUCCUAGCCUUGGAUUUCAUAGUACUGCAGCAUGUUUGUAGUACAGAAAAAUAUACACUGGUCAUAUGAGAAGUAACGUAUAAGACACCAAGGAUCUAUGGCUGGGACAGGCAGGGAUGAAACCUUCACGAUGAGCGGCAUAGCAACAAGUGGGGGUGACUGGAGACACAUGGGGAAACCAUACUGGUUGCUUCCCUAGUAAGUUAGGUAGACGAUGUGCCUCACGGACAGAUCGGAGCAGGCCAAGGGACUCUCAACAUCAAACUGGAGUUAGCCAGCUUUCAGCCUUUGGGUUUCCUAUUUAAUUUUAGUAUUUUGGUUCCAGACACCUAAAGGGCUGGACAAGGACACAGAGGCUGCUCGUUCAGACAUUGAGUGUCUUAACAUCUCCUGGGUGCUGUGGCUAGGAGUGGGUCUCCUUCUCUGCUGUUCCCUUCAAGUUCUGCCCAAUGUUAGACAAUAGAGAAAAACCUGGACUCCAUGUCUUUUCCUGGACCUAUAGUAAGGCUAUUGUGAUUUACAUCAUUUCCCUACCCCCAGAGAUUAAUUCCAUUCUUGGCUCAGCCCUUCCUGACCACAGGUAAGCAGAACCACAUACAAACACACACACACACACACACACACACACACACACACACACAGAGGACACACACCCUGGCCCCCUUUAGAAAGUGGAGAAGCUCCUGGAAGAUUCUGGCUGAGCAUCCCCAAGUAAGGGUCUACAUUCCCAGUGCAGUGCUGGUCCAAUUUCUCUUCCCAUCUCUGAGAUGAGCUAGGAAGGCUUCAUUGGGUCAGCCAUCCAGGUGUUUUCUUGAGCAGCAGGAAGCUUUUCAUUUAAUGUAAAAUACCUCCAACUUUCAUUUGAAUACAUUCCUCUUGCUUUGCUGGCCUUCUGGGGUAUAGCAAGUGUCCCUGCUUUUCAUGCUGCUCCUCCCCACUCCCCCAGUCCUUUUUUCCAGGUCCAGGGUGAUUAAAUGCACCAGAUGGAUGGAUUGAACCCUUUUGUAAUCACCUCCAGGUCUGUAUGGCAAGUGGAUUGCAUUUUCCUCUAUUGGAUUUUGCUAACUGUGCAUACAGGCCCUGUGUGGGGCCCUGCAUAUACCUGAUAAGUCACAGAGCUUUUUCUCCUUUUCAUUCUCACACCAGUCUAGUGACUCAGAUUGAAUAAGGGGCACAUUACUCAUAUGUCAUGGAUGAGGACAAAAGCUGGACCAGGACACACAGGUGUCAGGGUAGGGCCAGAGUCAAACUCAGGUCUUCUGACUCCAAGUCCAGUGUCCCCACUCGAUCCCUUGUACUGCCUGGACUGGGGAGGCUGGAGAGUGCCAGGGAUCAGGAGCAGAAGGGGAACCACCCUAGAAUUAAGCCAGGGCUAUGGACAUUGCUCAGAAGUGAGCCCGCUUACCACAGUGGGCCCCCAAACUGCCAGCCAACGGAUCCCAGGCCUUGUCCCAGGCCAUGUAACAGUCUCAGCUUCUGCUGACAUGCCGUGAUAUUCCCAGAUAUUACACACACACACAUACAUACACACAGCUGGACUAGCCACACAAUAGUCAAGGCGCCCUUCCUUACCCGUGAAAAGUGAUGCCAUAUCCUUUCUUGGGGUUAGGGGACCAAACCUGACCCCUCCAGAUGAUUUUUGGUACCCGUUUCACAGAAAGAACUUUCAUGGGAACUUGGCCUCUUGCUUGCUUCUUUGCCUCUCACAGCUCAUAGGAAGAGACCCUGUUAUCAAGUAGCCAGCCAGCACAGUGUGAGGAGUUGUGCUGAUUUCCAGAGAGAAGAAAAUUCCUUUGUCCUAGCUACCUUCCUGCUAUUGGCAGACAGUAACAGCUACCAAGUGCCCGUCUCUAUCCCUUCCUGAACAGGGUCCCUAAAUGUAUAUAUAGGUUUCUUGCCUGAUGACCUUAUUACACUAUCUGGGGUGUGAUUUUUCUGCCACAGGGGACUCGAGUGUUGAAGGGACAUCUCUCCUCAGUGGCUAAACCCAUAUGGGCAUAGGUUCCAUUGUCCAUGGAGGAGAUGAACCUAGAACUAGGUGCUUAUUGCCUGUCCUCUGUACCCUUCUGGUGAGGACACAGCAGCCAAGUCUUCCACCCUUCACUAGGGGAUGCUUGCUGCAUAACCUUGAGCUGAGCAAGUACAGCUGAGCAGUGGAACUGGGGGUGGUGGUAAGCCAUAUUCUAGCACAGUACCUUUCUCCAUAGUGCCGUCACUGUCAUUAGAUGCAAUAUGACUGAGCAGGGAGGGGUGCUAUAGGCCUAAAAUAAGCUUCUUGUAAAAUUCCCUUCAGACUACAAGUGCAGGCUUCCAGGUGCGCAUGGAGCCAGGAACAUUGCCAGGGGUAAGGUAAAUCCCAACAGCCCUCCUGCCUUCUAAGCCUUCCAUAGAGGGCUCUCUGGACAGCAUCCUUUCAUCAGCCUGCUGCCUCUUGUCUUUCUCUAGCUGGAUUUGUCUCCAGGGGUGGGGCUCUCCUGCCUUCUCUUCAUUGCCUGUCUAGUAUCUUCCUAGAAACGCAUCUUAUCAGAGGAGAAAGACGCUGAAAAAAAGAAUCUCUCUCAGUCUUCCACUACUACAUUUUCCCAACCCCACCCCAUUCUCUUGCCCAAAGUCAAAGCUAGUUCCUUCUUCUAUAGAGGGAGGGGUUGGUGGUGGGCAAACCAAGAACCCACUGUCCAGCUCUUUGUGUUUCCUGAGCCCAGUAGAAAAAGGUGUGGUCACCAGGAUAAUGCCACCUUUUGGCUGGAUAUUUACCUCCAUGAGCAAGAAGGGACAAAUGUCAUCCGCAAUCUUUAUGUUCUUGGUUCAAAAAAUUCUGCUGCCAGUAUAUUUCCAAAUAAGCUAUCCACUUGCUUUGAACACUCCCACCUUCCCCCUUUUCCCCAUCCCACUUGCUUGGUCAUCUUGUUUAUUAAUUUCUGGCCAAAUGCUUCAGAGGGGUGCACCCUGGCCAAGGGCAUCCAGAGACAACAGUCCUUCUUUCCUCUGCUGAGGCAGGAGCCAGACCCAGUAUGGUUUGGUCCACUUUGGAUCUUGUGUCCCUUCUCAAGUGCGUUAUCAUUUAUCUCUUCUCACUCCUAUGACAAGUACGUGAAAAAAAAAUAAUCCACUUACAUGUUCUUCAAAGUCACAAGAGAAGUGAGGGCCUCCAGUGACAGGGCCCCAGGCAAGAAGGACUCCACUGUACACUUCAGAUGCUCUUGGCAGCUGUUACAGGGCAGAGGAGUGAUGCCACAGGAGCCAAGAGGGGGAGUGAGCCUUCUAAAGCUGAAGACAAGCGAGAUUUCAUCACUCAGUUUCUUCAAAACGUGUUAGCUAAGGUCCGGCAGCUGCUGGAAAUUUCAAAAUCAAUAAGAGAGAUUGCUUGGAGUUUUGGGGUUUUUUUUGGGGGGGUCCUGUUUUCGUUUUGUUUUGUUUUGUUUAAAAUACAUUUAAUUUUAUUUUAUAUGCAUUGGUGUGAGGGUGUCAGAGCCCCUGGAACUGGAGUUGUGAGCUGCCAUGUUGGUGCUGGGGAUUGAAUCCAGGUCCUCUAGAAGAGCAGCCAGUGCACACUGAGCUAUCACUCCAACCCCUCUGAUUUUUGUUUUUUAAGACAGGAUCUCAGUGUGUCGCUGGCCUGGAACUUGCUAUGUAGGCCUUUGCCUCCCAAGUGCUGGGAUUAAAGGUGUGCAUUACCAUCUAAAGCCAAUGAUGAAAAAUAAUUUUUUUUUAAACAGUAAAUAAAGUUUAGUCUACUAAAAGGAUAAAAAGCUGAGGCAGAAUUCACCUGUUUGAUAGGCUGCGGCUCUCAGUAGGAAGGCAUGGUGGUCUUAGAAACAGGCUAAGAUGCAGCUAAGGCAGUGUCACCUUUGGCCACCCAUCUCCCAGACACAGCGCACAAUCUCUGGCUGUAUGGAUGCUGGGUCCCUCAGUAGCCAAGGUGCAUUCCAAGCUUUCUUUCCCCGGCUUUCUUCCCCACAGUCUGGAGUUUCUACCUGAGAUAAUGUAACCAGAAUGCAUUGUGGUCAGAUACACUUUAGCUGUCAGCUCUUUCAGUUAGUGUGUUCUGCUUUUAUUACUUAUCUUUUUUUUUUUUAAACCAAAGGAAAAAAACUUUAUAUCCCUCCCCUUUUCCUUCUCCUGCAGGAGGUGAGUGUGUGGGUAUCCUGUUAGGAUCAUUAGCAGCACCCCAGCCUUAGCUAACCUUCAGGUUACCAUUCCCACCCCAUCCCCUCCCUCCCUCCAUCCCUG